CUUCAGGGAGUCAGGGCAUCAGCAUGGAGUAUUUCAAAUGUAUGCGGGCUUUCCCUUCACACUCCUUUCUUGGACACACAUAGCCUCUACCUUCCUUCUCUUCAUCUCUCCACUCUUCGAAAAGCUUCGACGGAAUGGUUUGGUUGAUUGGGGGAUUGGAUUGAUUCGGGCGCGUGGGAAAGGAUGUAGAACAAUAGUUCGAAUUAUUUUUUUAAGGGACAAUUGACAUAAGUGAAUUUGAAGACUUGUUUGUGUGCGCUUAGGUAUGUGCUUGUGCUUCGUGACUGACUGGUGUGAUAAGGCGAUGUGGUGUGUGUAUAUAUGGAUGGUACAAUGCUGUUCUCCAGGGAAGGAGGAAGCAUUGUCCCCGGGGGUUUCUGCCAUCUUCGAGACCGAUAGGUCCGCGGUCGUCGCAUGCUCACGAGGCCGGAGAGAGAGUCUCAACAUUGAACGCAUACCACUCCACAGCGAAGAGCAGAGAUUCAAAGCAAGCUCGACGCAGACAAAAUCCGUUUCAAGCCAACGACACAAUACCCGUGAUAAAAACAGAGGAAGGACAAAUCAAAAAAGAAGAAGAGAAGAGGAGAACGAGCACCCGACAGGCCGUCCCUUGCAUAUAUCCCCACGGCGGGGGAGGGCCCGAGCUGGAGCGUGCAAGAAGGGUAGUUUCAGCCUCGUUGUAUUGCUGCGUUUUUGCGGCUCUUCGCUGAGCUGUGGAUUGCGGUUUGGCGCCACUGCGCCUGUGGAGACUUCGCUGUAUAUAAAGUCGAUCGGCUAAGUAUUUGUGGCGCUGCUUCGGUGCCCCGGCACUUGGAGCACGUGCUGCUGGGUGCAUUACCAUCAGACUCCGGCUAAGUGAUCAAUAAGAGUUGCAGAAUUCUAGCAUGAUCGCGUUGUUAGUGGUUGUGCCGAAUUUUGAAGGGACUUCCUGGUUGCACUCCAGCUAGUGACGGGAGAUAGGCCUGGAAAAUGGAUGGCUCAC